AUGUUCACUCGGCGCACCACAGCCGUAUCACCACGCCCGCAAUCCAAAAUGGCAGACGAGAUUACAAAGGGCAAGGGACAGCGUGUCCAGACCUUCGGCAGGAAGAAGCGCGCCGUUGCCGUCGCCCUCUGCACCAGGGGCUCCGGCAUGAUCCGCGUCAACGGCCGCCCCCUCGACCACAUCCGCCCUGAGGCCCUCAGGACCAAGGUGCUUGAGCCCCUGUACGUCAUGGGCGCCAAGCGCAUCUCUGGCGUCGACAUCAGGAUCCGCGUCCGCGGUGGUGGUUUCACCGCCCAGGUCUACGCCAUCAGGCAGGCCAUCUCCAAGGGCGUUGUAGCCUACUACCAGAAGUACGUGGACGAGGCCUCCAAGAAGAAGAUUGUGGACGAGCUUGUCGGCUACGACAGGUCCCUUCUUAUCGCCGACCCCCGCCGCUGCGAGCCCAAGAAGUUCGGUGGUCCAGGUGCCCGUGCGCGCUACCAGAAGUCGUACCGUUGA